AUGACGCUCUGGAACAAGGACAUUUGCGCAGAGCCUUCGUGUCGUUGCGGCAAGUCCUCUGCAGAGCUGCUCAUCGACUACCUCAACUACCAAACCACGGACGGCUACGUCAACUACAAGCGAUGGAAAGGGGGCAGCAAGAAGAGGGAUGGUAAAAGUAAGAUCACGAUCGCGGGGGAGAUCGCGGCCAUGAUCAAGGAGCAUGGGCUCACCCGCACAAGCAAGUCCGUGAAGACCAAGAUCGAAGAGCUCCACACGAAGUUCAACGAGGCCAUCGACAAGUUUGGCUACACGGGUGAGGGCAUGAUGCACGGAAUGCAGGAGUCGACGAAGGCCGUUGAGAAGGCGGCCGCUCGGCUUUUUGAAAGUCGCCAGGCCGAGCUCGAGUACAAGAAGACGAAGCACAAGUCGGAGGCCGAGGCGAAGAUGGCCGAGCUCGAGUACAGGAAGGCAAAAGACAAGGCUGACGCCGACGCCAAGACGGAUGACCGCAAGUUGAAGCAGGAAGAGAUCAACAUAAAGAAGGAGGAAGUGGCCAUCAAGCGUAGCGCGCAGCGCCACGCAGCGACCAUGGAAGAGGCCCGCCUGAUGCGUGAAAUGGGCUACUCCAAAGAGGAGGUGCUCGAUUACAUUAGACAAAACAAGUGAAGAUUCUCUUUCGUACCAGCUCGAUUAAAGACAACGUUAUCAUCCAUGG